CUGUUAAAUAUCCUAACCACGGUUUGUGCUGUGUCUGGUAGGAAGGGAGAGAGGGAGACACACAGAGUCGCCAAUACACGCGAAACGAGCUGCCCAGCGACCUUUAUGUUCUGUAUAAUAAGACGCGCGCCAAGUGGUUUUGGUUAUUCUUUGUGACGCCGUUUCCUGGAUUCCUUGGAGAAAGCUUUGCAAUCUUGGAAUGCUUUGGAGGGUGGGAGGGAGAGAGAACGCGACCUUCAUUUCUGACUCGAGAAUCACUUCAGCAUUAGUGGCUUUGGGAGCUGCCUGUGCGGUUUGGUAACGAUUGCUGCGAGUAUUGCCGGGUUUGCGUUACUCUUCCGGCGGAGAUCGUUACGCUGUGUGUAAAGCGUGAUUGUGGAUUUCAAGAGUCGGAGCUGUUCUGAUUGUUGAUAAAUUGUUGUCUAACGGUUCUUCCCGAUUGUUUUAUAGCGCCUUUAAGUGUGAUGGUUGUGAACAUAUAAUGAGGAUUCAGAUUUGUUAAAAGGAUUGCUUGACCUCUUUGACUCUUUGUUGUUGACGUGUGAGUUGAGUGAUGUUGAAUCGUGGAGGGUCUUUUUCGAUGUCUUCGGCUGAAGGUAGUUGUGGAGGGGAUGAUCUGUAUGAAGAACUAUGGAAGGCCUGCGCAGGACCUCUUGUCGACGUUCCUCGGGCCGGCGAGAGGGUGUUUUAUUUUCCACAAGGACACAUGGAGCAAUUGGAGGCAUCAACAAAUCAAGAACUCAACCAUCGGAUUCCGGUGUUCAACCUUCCCUCAAAGAUCCUUUGCCGUGUAGUGAACGUUCAUCUGUUGGCUGAACAAGAAACUGACGAGGUUUACGCACAAAUUACUCUGGUGCCAGAAUCCAAUCAAAAUGAGCCUACUAGCCCAGAUCCAUGCCCUGCCGAACCUCCAAGGCCAGCAGUUCACUCAUUCAGCAAGGUUUUGACGGCAUCUGAUACAAGCACCCAUGGUGGAUUCUCUGUUCUCAGAAAACACGCCACUGAAUGCCUUCCUCCGCUGGACAUGUCCCAACCAACUCCUACUCAGGAAUUGGUUGCCAAAGAUCUUCACGGUUACGAGUGGCGCUUUAAGCAUAUAUUCAGAGGUCAGCCUCGUAGACAUUUGCUCACAACUGGAUGGAGUACUUUUGUUACUUCGAAGAGAUUAGUUGCUGGAGAUACCUUCGUGUUUUUAAGAGGGUUCAGUGGAGAAUUACGUGUUGGAGUGAGGCGUCAUGCUCGUCAGCAGAGUAGCAUGCCAUCAUCCGUAAUUUCCAGUCAGAGUAUGCACCUAGGAGUUCUUGCAACUGCCUCUCAUGCCGUUGCAACCCAAACUCUUUUUGUUGUCUACUAUAAACCAAGGACAAGUCAAUUUAUCAUAAGCGUAAACAAGUUUCUGGAGGCUAUCAACAAUAAGUUUACUGUUGGUAUGAGGUUCAAGAUGAGGUUUGAAGGGGAUGAGUCUCCUGAAACUGACAAGAGAUUUUCGGGCACUAUUAUUGGGGUGGAAGAUAUUUCUCCUCACUGGGUAAAUUCGAGCUGGCGAUCACUCAAGGUUCAGUGGGAUGAACCUGCAGCUGUUCCAAGACCAGAUAAGGUUUCACCAUGGGAAGUGGAACCUUUUCUGGCUCCCGUUACUUCAUCUUCAGUUCAACCUCCCGUUGUGAAGACCAAGCGACCUCGGCCACCCAGUGAAAUUCCAGAUCUUGACACAACUUCCACUGCCUCUGCCUUCUGGAAUUCUGAGCUGAUGCAACCUGAUAUUAACCGACUCGGAGCUAUGGCUGAAAGCAAUAGGAGUGAAAAUUCUGGCAUGUGGCAUCACAAUCAAGCUGAAAUGAAUAGUAAAAGCAGCAGCAACACUCCUUCAAGAAAUCAAACAGAAGGGAGUUGGCUGUCGUCUCCCCAUUCAACCGGUCCUCCGCAACUGUUGCAGGACACAACAGAUGAUGGCAAGAGCGUCUCUGCUUGGCCUGUUCACUCAGUUCAUUCAACCACUCACUUGUUGCGACAGAACAAUGAUCAUCUGCUUGAACAAGCUGGCAAGGAGAAUAAAGUUGAGAUUGCUACAAGCUGUCGGUUGUUUGGGAUUGAUCUUAUUGGUCAUUCCCAAAAUUCAACUGCGAUGGAGAAGGCACCUACACAUGCAGCUGGUAUACUUAAUGGCCCUUCUGAAAGUCAUGUCAAUGCCUUGUCUGGAACUGAUUCAGACCAUAAGUAUAACAUCUCACGGGCUUCCCAUGAGGGAAAACAAGAACAGCUGCAAGUAAAGGAGACUCAGAGCAAGCAAAUAUGUUCCAGAAGUCGCACCAAGGUUCAAAUGCAGGGGGUCACAGUGGGUCGUGCUGUGGACUUGGCCAUUUUGGAUGGUUAUGAUCAACUUAUAGACGAGUUGGAGGAGAUGUUUGACAUAAAAGGACAACUUAAAGAUAGGAAGAAAUGGGAAAUUGUCUUCACUGAUGACGAAGGGGAUAUGAUGCUUGUGGGUGAUGAUCCAUGGCCUGAAUUCUGUAAUAUGGUCAGAAGAAUCUUCAUUUGUUCCAGCCAGGAUGUGAAGAGGAUGAGUGCGGGAAGCAAAUUGCCUAUUUCAUCAAUGGAAGGUGAUGGGACUGUAAUAAGUGGGAGCACAGCUGAAACCUGAAACUAAUGUUGAUCUUUGUUUGGUCUCUGUUGUUGUAGUUCUUUGUGGGAAGGGAGUUGAUUUAUUUAGACGUAGGAAAUUUGUAAUUUCGACAUGAAGGACAUUGGCAAAUUGAAGCUCAAGUUUUAGUGCUACUCGAGACUCCAGGCAUGAUGGGACUUUUAAGAUCUGAAAUAAUAAAGUGCGUUUGUGGGAGAAAGCAAAUGUAGGCUUUAGUGUCUGUGAAAUAUGCAUGUUCAUGUUAAUUCUUAUGAUAAUGAUGGCCGGGAGAAUGUGAAUCCUAGCUGGUCAAA